CUUUUAAUGGAGAGUAUUAUUUGCAGCUUUGUGGUGUGAGCAUGGGGUCAAAAUAUGCCCCACAGUUUGCUUGCCUCUUUAUGGGUUGGUGGGAGAGUAAAUUUGUACAUAACAACAAUCCCUUUAUUAAUCAUCUUAAAUACUAUGGUAGGUACAUAGAUGAUAUUUUGAUCUUGUUCAAAGGCACGGAAUCAGACCUGCUGGCAUUCUAUGAUUACAUCAAUAACACACAUCCAUGUGUUAAAUUGACCCUGGAACACUCUAAAACAGAAAUUCACUUCUUAGAUUUAACAAUAUAUAGGGAUCUGACAGGGGAGGUCAACACUACCCUGUAUCGUAAACCUACAGACGUGAAUUCAAUUUUACAUUAUAAUUCCUUUCAUCCACAAUUCAUGAAACGGAACAUACCUAAGGGACAAUUUUUAAGGACACGGCGUAUCUGUAGCUC